AUGAAACCGCCGCAAAAGCAUCCAUGGAUCAAUCUUGCUGGGCUGAAAGAUCAGUUGACUAAGAAUAUCGGACCGGAAAAAUCUCAUCAGUAUUUUGAUUGCUUGAGAAGGUUUCUGAGCUUAAAGAUAAGUAAGAUCGAGUUUAAUAAGCGGUGUUUAAGGACGGUCGGGAAAGAUAAUAUUUCGCUGCAUAAUCAGUUAAUUCGUUCGAUUUUGAAGUCCGCGGUUGGAAAUGGAAAUGGAAAUGGAAAUAAAACGUGUUACCAUGAAAAUGGGUCGGUUCCAGUUGUACAUAGUGUACACCCGGCUGAAUCUUUGGGUAAAAAACCGGAAAAAGAAGUGUCUACCAGCCCUUCGUUACGCGCGCCACUCGGGAUUCCACAUUGGCGGGAUAGUGGGUCCCGCAAAGCCUCAUCUUUGGGAACUUAUAGUGACACGGGUGGCUUGAUAGAGACUACAAAGUUAAAGGAACGUAUGGACCAGCUAACUGCAACGCAAGGCCUUCGAGUGUCAAUAGAUUGCGCCAGUGUGGUAAAUAACGGAUUGGAUGCUUAUUUAAAAAGGUUAAUACGGUCUUUUUCUGAACUUAGCGGGUCAAAGUCAGGGUCAACGUCAGGGACAGAGUCAAAGUCAAUGAACAAUGGUUCCAUCAAGCACCAAGCUCAUUUCAGGCCUCUGAUCAACGGUUAUAGACCUGGUCAUCUUCAUCAAAUGCAAGGACUUGAACGCAAACGGGUUAUUUCAUUGGUGGACUUGACGAAUGCUAUGGAGCUCAACCCGCAGCAGCUCGGUGUAGAGUGGCCCAUACUGCUGGAGAAAGUCUGUAUACAUGGUUUUACAGAAUAA